CGAUCCCGGCUCAGCCCCACAUUUCCAAGGAGCGCAGAGCUGCGCACAGGUGGCUGUGGCUCCGGAGCCGUGGGGUGGGGGGGAAAGCAGCCGAGCUGAGGUGCAAAGGGCCCCCUCUCUGUUUCCCUUUGUUCUCUCGCCUGCGAAGAACUCCCCCGAGGAGCCAGGGCAGAGAAUUCCCCCAAGCCUCCUCGCCUUUGUUUGAGUUGGCUUCUCUCCGUGCUGGCUGGCUGCUGGUCCUGGAGCCAGCUUUCCUUCCCCGCCUCCCUUCUCGGUUCCCUGCACUGGUCUCCUGUUAGGUGGCGGUUUGACGGUGUUGCGAAGGGUCGCUGGGCAUUCGCCGGAGCUUUCCCAGGGACGCCCUGCGAGCUCGCACUGAGGAAUCGCAAUGGGGGUGCAUGGAGUCAGUGCAAAGCCCAGGACGGAGAGGGACACUGAACAAUAACAUGCUCUCUGCCUUCUUCCCCUCCGCCCCACCCAUCAACCCCAGCGAGGCGCUGGCCGUGGAUAAAGCAAGUUGGGUGCGUGGAGCACGAGGGAAAUAACACAGUUGCUUUUUGUUUGGGGCUACACAAACCUUCUGCUGUGCGAGAGAGCCCCCCCGGGCUCUGGAAUUAGGUCUCUAAGCUCCGCUCCUUCCCACCCACCCACCCAAGCUGCCGCUGCUGGUGGCUCAGUUACUGUUCGGGUGUGCGUCCCUUGAUGCCUGACUCAGUGAGGAAUCGGGAUCUCUCCUGGCAGGACGGGCAUGUCCGAGCGGCGUGAGGACGGGAGCUGGCCCGUCCCAGCUGGCGUGGUGGUGUCAGGUCGCUGUGCUCUCUGCAGGCAGGCUCUGAGAGCAGGUGGCACAGGAAAGAGGGGAAACGAAGCCUGGGCCCCCUCCCGAAGUCCCAGCUCAGUGGAGGGGUGCGAAGGAGCUGGCCGCUGCAGGGGCGGAAGAGGAGAGCCGCUCACCAGCAGCUGUCUAGGAUGCCGGAGCUGAGCGGGGAUGGACUUUGGCAUCACUUUGAAGAGGGGAGUGUGGCAAGAGAGCUGCCCUGGGCUGGAACGUGGGCAAACUGCUAAUUAAGCCCCCUGUGUUUGGCCAGCAGGUCUCAGCUUGGGGGGCAGAGACUAGCAUGUGUGGGUCCGUCUAGGGUUUACAGUCAGACACACGGACCAAAGGAGCUCAGCAGUCCAGCAGUGAGACCCAACCAGCACCUGAACUUGGGCACUAACGGGGUGGCCGCACCCAUCUGGAGCAGCCAUACCUCUGCCGAAAUAGGGACCUUUCUUCUGUACGGAGGCAUCCUGCUUGUGUGUCCAUGACAAGUUGUCCCCCUUCUGGGGGCAGGUCCCUGUCUCUAGAACCAGAGCUCCUGCAGCUGGGCGGAUGACCUAGUGAGACGUCCGGAAUUUCUUCCCUCAGCAUUAGCCCCUGGCAGGUUGGGGCUCAGAAGCUGGGAGGUCUUUGAUCCUCUGUGUCCCUGGGAGUUGUUUGCUUUGUUUGUUAAUGGUGAUCCUCGAGUGCUCACCUGCAACCUCUGGCUCCAAGGGGAUUUGUGGAGCUGAGACAGGGCGAGGCUUUCCGGAGUUUUACCUGACUGGCCCCUCGGGCUCCAGAUCAAGCCCUGGGUCCUAACACCUGCUGUACUGCGCAGGCCGUAGGGAUGGAGUGUGUGGCUGUAAACUCUUCCACCUGCAAGUGAGCCAAGCCCGCCCCGUCCAUACAUGCCAGCCAGAGGAUGGGAAUCCCUGGAAAAACGUAGCUCCCUGCAGCUCUGGAAGAGGAAGGGGGGUCCUCCUUCACCCCUGCUGGGUCCCCUCUGCCUCAGAUGUGCCAGCGGAAGGCUGGGCCCAUACCAGCAGCGGCAUGACGGCCUGCCAGUACCCCAUGGCACCCGGCACCUUGGAGCGGGACCGGAUGUACCAACACAAGGUCUCUCUGGUGGUGCGCUAUUUCAUGAUCCCAUGCAACAUCUGCCUCAUCCUCCUGGCCACCUCCACCCUGGGGUUUGCUGUGCUGCUUUUCCUCAAUAACUACAAGCCCGGUAACUAUUUCCCCCCGCCGCUGCCAAUGCCGCAGGAUGCAUGCCGAGGAAUGCUGUGCGGAUUCGGAGCCAUAUGUGAGAGGAGCACCACCAACUCCUCCCAGGCCUCCUGUGUCUGCAAGAAGACUAUCUGCCCGGUGGUGGUGGCCCCCGUCUGUGGAUCGGACUAUUCCACCUACAGCAACGAGUGCGAGCUGGAGAAAGCCCAGUGCAACCAGCAGAGGCGGAUCAAAGUCAUCAGCAAGGGGGCAUGCGGUUCCAAGGACCCCUGCGCAGAGGUGACAUGCAGCUUCGGCAGCACCUGUGCCCGCUCCACGGAUGGUCAGUCGGCCAAGUGCAUCUGCCCGGCCUCGUGUGGCGGAGCGGCUGAGAGCACGGUGUGUGGCAGUGAUGGCAAGGACUACCGCAGCGAGUGCCUGCUCAACAAGCACGCCUGCGACAAGCAGGAGAACGUCUUCAAAAAGUUGGACGGGCCCUGUGACCCUUGCAGGAGCACUCUCAAUGACAUGAACCGGGUAUGCCGGGUAAACCCCCGCACUCGCAGAGCAGACCUGCUCUCCCGGCCUGAAAACUGCCCUCCGAAGAGGGACCCGGUGUGUGGCGAUGACGGGGUGACCUAUGAUAACGAGUGCGUCAUGGGGCGGUCAGGCGCCAUCCGGGGGCUGGAGAUCCAGAAGGUGCGUUCGGGGCACUGCCAGCCUCAGGACAAGUGCCAGGCCGAGUGCAAGUUCAACGCCGUGUGCCUCAACCGCCGCGGCACCACCCGCUGCUCCUGCGACCGCAUCACCUGCGACGGUGCCUACCGGCCUGUCUGUGCCAGGGACAGCCGGACCUAUAGCAACGACUGCGAGCGCCAGAAGGCGGAGUGCCAGCAGAAAGCAGCCAUCCCUGUGAAGCAUGAGGGCCCUUGUGACCUGGGCAUACCCAGCCCGUGCCUGAGCGUGGAGUGCACCUUCGGGGCCACCUGCGUGGUGAAGAACCGGGAGGCUGUGUGCGAGUGCCAGCAGGUGUGCCUCAGCCGCUACGACCCCGUGUGCGGCAGUGACAACCGCACCUACGGCAAUCCCUGCGAGCUGGACGCCAUGGCCUGCGUCCUCAGGAAGGAGAUCAAAGUGAAGCACAAAGGGCCUUGCGACCGGUGUAGCAAGUGUCAAUUCGGGGCCAUCUGCGAGGCGGAGACGGGCAGGUGCGUGUGCCCAACAGAAUGCGUCUCCUCCUCCCAGCCGGUCUGUGGCACGGAUGGGAACACCUACGGCAGCGAGUGUGAACUCCACGUCCGAGCGUGCACGCAGCAGACCAACAUCCAGGUGGCCACGCAAGGAGACUGCAAGUCGUGCGGCAGCACCGUCUGUGCCUUUGGGAGCAAGUGCGUGGGCGGGCAGUGCGUGUGCCCGCGCUGCGAGAGGCAGCCCUUCUCCCAGGUGUGUGGCAGCGACGACGUCACCUACGACAGCCCAUGCGAGUUGCAGGUAGCUUCCUGCCAGCAGAAGAAGGCCAUCGAGGUUUCCAGGACAGGACCUUGUGAGGAGGAGUGUGGCUCGGGGGGCUCAGGCUCUGGGGAAGAUAACGAGUGUGAACAGGACCGCUGCCGGCAGUACGGGGGCUUGUGGGACGAGGACGUGGAGGACGACCGCUGUGUGUGUGACUUCACCUGCCUGGCUGUGCCACGCAACCCGGUAUGCGGCUCUGAUGGUGUGACCUAUGCCAACGAGUGUGAGUUCAAGAAGACACGCUGCGAGAAACGCCAGGACCUCUACAUCACCAGCCAAGGAGCCUGCCGGGUUAUUGGAACACCUCCCCCGCCGGGCCCGGUUCUGCACUGCAGCCAGACCAUCUAUGGAUGUUGUCCAGACAAUACAACUGUGGCCCUUGGUGUGGGCUCAGCUGGCUGCCCAAGCACCUGUCAGUGUUACCCCUACGGCUCGUAUGGGGGGGCCUGCGACCCCACCACCGGCCAGUGCUCCUGCAAGCCGGGGGUGGGGGGCUUGAAGUGCGACCGCUGUGAACCCGGCUUCUGGAACUUCCGUGGGAUAGUCACGGACAGCAAGAGCGGCUGCACCCCUUGUCACUGCGAUCCGGUGGGCUCGGUGCGUGACGACUGUGAGCAGAUGACCGGACUGUGCUCUUGCAAGACUGGCAUCACCGGCAUGAAAUGCAACCAGUGCCCCAACGGAAGCAAGCUGGGGAUGACGGGCUGCGAGAAAGAUCCCUCCGCGCCAAAGUCCUGCCGCGAGCUGAGCUGCGAGUUCGGGGCAUCAUGCGUGGAGGUCAGUGGCUUUGCCCACUGCGAGUGCCCGUCCCCACUGUGCGUGGAGGCCAACAUGACCAAGGUCUGUGGCUCUGACGGAGUGACCUACGGUGACCAGUGCCAGCUGAAGACCAUUGCAUGCCGGCAGGGGCAGGUCAUUGAGGUGAAGCAUGUUGGACAGUGCCAUGAAUCCAUCACCCACAUGAGUCACACUGUACAGCCCAUGCCACUGCCCACGGUGCCCCUGGACAAGCUUCUUCGCUCCCCGCCUCUAAGACUUACCACCCGGGCCCCCGACCCCACGGAGACAGCUACCAGUUCCCUGCUGUUCGAAGCCAGGCCCAUUCCUAGAAGCCAGCCUGCCACGGUACGGGUGACCACCGCGCGGCCAGCAACCACCACCUGGACCACCCAGGGGAUCCGCAGGACCACCAUCCGCCCCCUCUCCACCGCUCCUGUAGUCCUGGCCACCCCCCUACCUGCGUACUCGGAGUCUGGCAGCGCAGAAGGCAGCGGGGACCCAGAACUGGGCAGCAGUGGAGACCAGGAAGCCAGCGGGGCUGGCUCUGCUGGGGAAGAGGAGCCAGAGGAGACCCAAGUGACAUCCACGUCUGCUGUUGAAAGAGCGACGUGUUACAACUCCCCUCUGGGAUGCUGCUCAGAUGGCAAGACAGCAGCUGUUGAUGCAGAAGGAAGCAACUGCCCGGCCACCAAAGUCUUCCAGGGAGUUCUUAUCUUGGAGGAGGUGGAGGGCCAGGAGCUGUUCUACACACCUGAGAUGGCUGACCCCAAAUCGGAGCUCUUUGGGGAAACGGCCAGGAGCAUCGAGAGCGCGCUGGACGAGCUUUUCCGGAACUCCGACGUGAAGAAGGAUUUCAAGAGCAUCCGCGUGCGAGACCUCGGCCAGAGCAGCACAGUCCGCGUCAUCGUGGAGUCCCACUUUGACCCCGCCACCUCCUACACAGCGGCUGACGUGCAGAGGGCCCUGCUCAAGCAGAUCAGGGCCUCUAAGAAGAGGACCAUCCUCGUGAAGAAGCCUCAGGAGGAUCACAUCAAAUUCAUGGAUUUUGACUGGAUUCCCAGGCUCUUCACCACCACCACCACCACCACCGCCACCACCAUGGCUCCUAUCACCACCCGGAGGUUUACCGCCCCCACGGCUGCCCACAUCCUGCCCCCAGAGGCUAUGGAGAGGCCCAGCACCAAGAUGACAGGGCCCGCCACCACCAGGAGACCCACCACCAGCACCGUGCCAGCCACCACCUGGAGGAAGCCCACGCGCCAGCCCCCUGCCACCAAGAAGCCGGCCCGGCCCUGUGACUCCCACCCCUGCCUGCACGGCGGCACCUGCGAAGAUGACGGGAAGGAGUUCACCUGCAGCUGCCCUGCAGGGAAAGGGGGCGCGGUCUGCGAGAAAUCCAUCAGGUACUUCAUCCCUGGCUUUGGCGGGAAGUCGUACCUGGCCUUCAAGAUGAUGAAAGCCUACCACACGGUGCGCAUCGCCAUGGAGUUCCGGGCCUCCGAGCUCAGCGGGCUGCUGCUCUACAAUGGGCAGAACCGGGGCAAGGACUUCAUCUCCCUGGCGCUGGUCAACAGCUUCGUGGAGCUCAGGUUCAACACAGGAUCUGGUACAGGUGUCAUCACCAGCAAGGUGCCCGUGGAGCCUGGCAAGUGGCACCAGCUGGUGGUGAACCGGAACCGCCGUAACGGCAUGCUGUCGGUGGACGGGGAGCCCCAUGUGAAUGGGGAGAGCCCGAGCGGUACCGAUGGGCUGAACCUUGAUACAGAUCUGUUCAUCGGAGGGGUGCCAGAAGACCAGAUGACUGUGGUGGCAGAUCGCACGUCAGCCACCGCCGGCCUGAAGGGCUGCAUCCGCCUGCUGGACGUGAACAACCAGAUGUAUGACUUGCGGGAGAAGGGCAGUGAUGUGCUGUACGGCAGCGGGGUGGGCGAGUGCGGGAACAACCCCUGCCAUCCCAACCCCUGCCACCAUGGCGCCAUCUGCCAUGUCAAGGAGGCUGAGAUGUUCCACUGCCAGUGUCUCAACGGCUACACAGGUCCAACCUGUGCCGACGAGAGGAACCCAUGUGACCCCAGCCCCUGCCACGUCUCUGCCACGUGCCUGGUGCUGCCUGAGGGAGGCGCCAAGUGCGAGUGCCCCAUGGGGCGGGAAGGGGAGUUCUGCGAGGCAGUGACAGAGCAGGACCAGACCCGGCCAUUCCUCCCGGAGUUCAACAGCUUCUCCUACCUGGAGCUGGGCGGGCUGCAGACCUUUGGGCACGAGCUGCAGGACAAGAUGUCCAUGGAGGUCGUGUUCCUGGCCAGGAACCCCAGCGGCAUGAUCUUCUACAACGGGCAGAAGACGGACGGCAAAGGAGACUUUAUCUCUCUGGCCUUGCACAAUGGCUACCUGGAGUAUAGAUACGACCUGGGCAAGGGGGCAGCUGUGCUCAAGAGCAAGGAGCCAGUCCCUCUGAACACCUGGAUUAGUGUGUCACUGGAGAGGAACGGGCGCAAGGGGGUGAUGCGGAUUAACAACGGCGAGAGGGUGAUGGGAGAGUCACCGAAAUCCCGUAAGGUUCCUCACACCUCCCUGAAUCUGAAAGAGCCCCUCUACGUGGGGGGAGCGCCCGACUUCAGCAAGCUGGCUCGCGCCGCGGCCAUCUCCACUGGCUUUGACGGAGCCGUGCAGAGGAUCUCCAUUAAGGGCAUCCCGGUCCUGAAGGAAGAGAACAUCCGCAGCGCCAUUGAGAUCUCUGCCUUCCGCUCCCACCCCUGCUCCCAGAAACCCAACCCCUGCCAGAACGGAGGCAUGUGCAACCCCCGGCUAGAGAGCUAUGAAUGCGCCUGCCAGAGGGGCUUCUCCGGGGCCCACUGCGAAAAAGUGAUCAUCGAGAAGGCGGCAGGCGAUUCGGAGGCCAUUGCCUUUAAUGGCAGGACCUACAUGGAGUACCACAAUGCCGUGACAAAGAGCCAACUGACCAAUGAGAUCCCAGCUCCUGAAGCACUGGACUAUGCCCUGGAUCACAGCGAGAAGGCCUUGCAGGAGAAUCACUUUGAACUGAGCAUCAAGACAGAUGCCACCCAGGGUCUGAUCCUGUGGAGCGGGAAGGGGCUGGAACGGUCAGACUACAUCGCCCUGGCCAUAGUGGAUGGCUACGUGCAGAUGACGUACGACCUUGGCUCCAAGCCAGUUGUCCUGCGUUCCACGGUGCCAGUGAACACGAACCAUUGGAUUCAGAUCAAAGCGUACAGAGUACACAGAGAUGGCUCCUUGCAGGUUGGCAACGAAGCCCCCAUAACUGGUUCUUCCCCUCUCGGAGCAACUCAGCUAGACACUGACGGAGCCCUUUGGCUGGGGGGAAUAGAGAAGCUCAGCGUGGCUCACAAACUGCACAAGGCCUACAGCACCGGCUUUAUUGGCUGUAUAAGGGAUGUGAUAGUCGACCGCCAAGAACUGCAUCUGGUGGAGGACGCUUUAAACAACCAGACGAUAUUACACUGCUCAGCCAAAUAAACCCCCCAGGGGCCCUUCCUUCCCCUUCCCCCUCCUGCCUCUUGCUGUAAUUAUUUUCUAUUUUUGUAAACUUAUUGCUUU